CUGCACACAACGGCAUGAGACUCCCUUCCACUGGAAGCCUUAUUUUGCACCCUCCUAUUCCUUAUUAAAACCCCUCCCUCUCUCUCUUCCACAGAAACCCAAACACAGCCCCAUUUCUCUCUCCUCUGCCGGUAAAUAUAUGGCCAGCAAGCUUAAAGUGGAUGAACUCCGAACACAACUCGCCCAACGUGGACUCAGCACCACCGGGACCAAACCCACACUGGUUCAAAGACUCGAAUCAGCUAUUAUAGAUGGAAAACAAUCGAUUGAUUCAAUUGAUGGUUCGAGUAAUAAGAAAAGGCAAAGGGAUUCUGAGAAUGGGGAUUCUAAUGGGUCAGAGAAGAUUAAGGCCAUUGACAAGUUUCGACACAUGGGUAUCAAAGAAUUACGAGAACAAGCCAAGAUGAGAGGAAUUUCAACAACUGGGUCCAAGAAAGAACUUCUUGAGAGACUCUGUACUGAUUCAGAGGAGAACUCCAACGGCAUUCUUGGAGGCAGGGAAGAAGAAGCAGAUGCAAAGGAAAUCAAAGAGGAGAAACUGGUCACUGCCACCAAGAAAGGUGGGGCCGUAUUGGAUAAUUGCCUUCCGGAUGACAUUAAGGCCCAUUACCAUGUCCUGCAACUGCAAGAUGAGAUUUAUGAUGCCAUGUUGAACCAAACCAACGUUGGGGAGAACAAUAACAAGUUCUACGUCAUUCAAGUUCUAGAAUCUGAUGAUGGUGGAAGAUUCAUGGUUUACAGUAGAUGGGGCAGAGUUGGUGUAAAGGGCCAAAAUAAGUUACAAGGCCCCUACACAUCACAACAUGAUGCCCUUAUGGAGUUUGAACAGAAGUUCUAUGCUAAGACCAGGAACAAUUGGUCAAAUCGUAAAGAGUUCAUUUGUUAUCCAAAGAGCUACACUUGGUUGGAAAUGGACUAUGAUGAAACGGGAAAAGAAACAUCCAUUCAAGGAAACUCUAAAUCACUAAUGGCAAUUCAACCUAAGGAGACAAAGCUGGAGGCCAGCAUUGCAAAGUUCAUCUCUCUUAUUUGCAAUGUCAGCAUGAUGAAGCAACAAAUGAUGGAAAUAGGGUACAAUGCUGAAAAGUUGCCACUUGGUAAGCUGAGCAAGUCGACAAUUUUAAAGGGCUAUGAUGUCUUGAAAAGGAUUGCUGAUGUGAUUGCUCAGCCGGAUAGGAAAAAACUUGAGCAAUUAAGUGGAGAAUUCUACACUGUUAUUCCUCAUGACUUUGGUUUUAACAAAAUGCGUGAGUUUGUGAUUGACACCCCACAAAAGUUGAAAUGCAAACUGGAAAUGGUUGAAGCCCUGGGUGAAAUUGAGGUUGCAACAAAGUUGUUGGAGGACGCUGUUGGUAUGCAGGAGGAUCCCUUGUAUUCUCAUUAUCAACGCCUUCACUGUGAAUUGAUUCCGCUUGAUGCUGAUUCUGAGGAAUUUUUUACGCUUGCUAGGUAUAUGAAGAACACUCAUGCAAAGACACAUUCAAGUUAUACAGUGGAUAUAGCUCAAAUAUUUAGGGUGUCGAGAGAGGGUGAAGAUGAACGUUUCAAGAAGUUCUUGAAUACCAAAAAUAGGAUGCUUUUGUGGCAUGGUUCUCGACUCACAAACUGGACUGGAAUACUCUCCCAAGGUUUGCGCAUUGCUCCUCCAGAAGCACCUGUAACAGGUUACAUGUUUGGAAAGGGUGUUUAUUUUGCUGAUAUGUUCUCCAAAAGUGCAAAUUAUUGCUACUCAACUCCUACUGCUUCAGCUGGUGUGCUGCUUUUAUGUGAGGUUGCGCUGGGUGACAUGGCCGAGUUGGUGACUGCAGACUAUAGCGCUGACAAGUUGCCAGAAGGGAAGCUAAGCACUAAAGGAGUUGGUUCAACAGCCCCAGAUUUUUUGGAGGUUCAAACACUUGAAGAUGGUGUUGUUGUUCCCCUAGGAAAGCCAAAAAAGCAACGGUGCCCCAAGGGUUCUUUACUGUACAACGAGUACAUAGUUUACAACGUGGAUCAGAUUAGGAUGCGCUACAUCAUUCAAGUUAAUUUUAAUUUCAAGAGAUAACCACCACGAAGAUGUAAUUUUUCAUUUUUUUUAUUUAUGUUGCUGGUUUAUGGUCCCUGUUUUGUAGUUGGGAAGCUGAGUAAUUACUACACAAACCAUGUAAAUAGUACUAUCCAGAAAAUGUAAGUUAUUGGCAAACAGUUCCAGUCUGCAUGAAUAUAUGUUGCAUUUGGGUUUCAGAUUUUGAUGUUUGUAUCUUUUAGCCUUGAUGGGUGAUUCACAGAGCACAAUAUUAUCUUG